CCAAAGUAUGUUAUAUUAAGUUCCGUGAAGCAUCGAGUGUUGGUGUGGCCCAGCAUCUAACUAACACGGUUUUUAUUGACAGAGCUUUGAUAGUUGUGCCCUGUGCAGAAGAUGACUAGACUGGCCAAGGCAGACCUGUUACACUUGCCUGAGUUAGGCAUUGUUUGCCAUGCCACUAAACCUGCCGCCAAGUGAAACCUUCAUGGGGGAAAUGAGAUCGAAGUCUGGCCUGCUGAAGAUGGACGCCCUGUCUCUGUUUUUAUUUUAUUUUGCUUUCUUUCCUUUGUUUCUUUUUAUUUUAUUUUGUCCCUUUUUUUGUUUUGUUCUGUUAAAUCUCUUUCCCUUGUACUUGUGAACUGGUACUUCAGUUCUGUAAAAAUGGUGUUUUGUAAAGGGUUCACAGUGUUUCAUUUUGAAGUUAACCUGAAGCUGCUUAUGAAUGGUGGAUGGUAUAUACAGAAUUUAUAAUAUGAUUAAUUUGCAGAGAAAUUUGAUUUGGAAUGCAUUUAAUCUAAAUUCAGCAUAUAAGUACAUUAUGACAGAAGGUAGGCAGUGAAAAAUAUACCAGUUUUAAGGUAAAUUCUUAUGCUGUAUGAGUUUAUUUUGGAAAAGGACAAUCAAACCUCUUCUGGGGAAAUUAAUUUUGGGCAGUAAGGUCACAAUCUUUCAUAAUCUUUCUCUGCUAUUUUCCCUCUUUAGCAGAGUAGUUUUAUUUUAGGUUGCAUGGUCUGGUUAAAAGAAGUCUUACUAUUUAUAUCUAAUAUGAGGAGUUUAAAAUAAUAAUGAACUAGAAAUUUCAUGAAUAUUGGAUAUCAUGACAUGUUUGAUAGUUUCUGGUGAAACCUUGCUCCAGUGAGGUCCAUGGCAGUAAGAUUUCAUCCUAUUGUUGUAAUUUACAGAAAAAACUGUUUACCACUCAUAAGUACAAAUGCAGCCUGAAGUUUUGGUUGGAAUGUGUUAUGUGAGUGAUGCAGCCAACACGAACGGUUGUCAUGUGUAAAACAACUUUCGAUCACCGCGAAAACAUCGCCCUGGGAAAGCGUCCAUGCUUGAUAUCGUUUGGUUCAUGAACAUUAAGUUUCCAGUACAGGUAAAAUUCCAGAUGAAGCCAAAGCCCUUUCUCUAUUGGCUCCUGCUCCUACUAUGACAAGCCUGAUGCCUGGUGCAGGGUUACUUCCUAUACCUACGCCAACCCCUUUGACUACACUUGGUGUUUCCCUUGGCACUUUGGGGGCUAUACCAGCAGCAGCACUGGACCCUAACAUUACAGCACUGGGAGAAAUACCACAGCCACCAAUUAUGGGGAAUGUGGAUCCAUCCAAAAUUGAUGAAAUCAGGAGAACAGUCUAUGUGGGAAACCUGAAUUCCCAGACUACAACAGCAGAUCAGCUGCUUGAAUUCUUUAAGCAAGUUGGAGAAGUCAAAUUUGUGCGGAUGGCAGGUGAUGAGACGCAACCAACACGAUUUGCUUUUGUGGAAUUUGCAGACCAAAAUUCUGUACCUCGAGCUCUUGCCUUUAAUGGAGUUAUGUUUGGAGACAGGCCACUGAAAAUAAAUCACUCCAAUAAUGCAAUAGUGAAGCCUCCAGAAAUGACACCGCAAGCUGCUGCCAAGGAACUGGAAGAAGUGAUGAAGAGAGUAAGGGAAGCUCAGUCCUUCAUAUCUGCUGCUAUUGAGCCAGAGUCUGGAAAGAGCAGUGAAAGAAAAGGCGGUCGAUCUCGUUCCCAUUCUCGUUCAGAAUCCAGGUCUAGCUCAAAAUCCCGAUCUAGAAGGAAAAGAUCACACUCAAAACACAGAAGUAGAUCUGGCAACAGAUCACUCUCAAGACACAAGGACAGACGCAGAUCCAGAAGUCCUCUGAAAAAACGGUCUAGGUCUAGGGAAAGGCGAAAAUCAAGAAGUCGCUCUCGUUCUCGGGACAAGAAAAGAGACAAAGAAAAAGUCAAAGAAAGAGAAAAAAAUAAAGAAAAGGAGAGAGACCGAGACAAGGACAAGGAGAGAGACAGAGACAAGGACAGGGAAAGAGAGCGGGAUAAAGACAGAAACAGGGAGAAGGACAAGGAGAAGGACAGGGAGAGGGAUAAAGAGCGAAACAAAGAGCGAGAGAGAGUCAAAGAUAGGGAUAGAGAAAGGGACAAAGAUAGGGACAGGGACAAGGAUAAGGAAAAAGACAGGGAAGAGUUAGACCAGAACAAGGAAAAAGAAGAUAAGGAUGGAGAAAAGGACAGAGAGAAGGUUAAGGAGAGGGAGGGAGAUAAGGACAAAGGAGGGGACAAAGAGAAGGAUAGAGACAAAGAAAAGGAGAGAGAUGGCGAUAAGGAUCGAGAAAGAGAAAAAGAGAGAGAUGAUAAAAAGAAGAAAGAUAAGAGGUCCAGAACACCCCCGAGAAGCUAUAGCUCUUCAAGAAGAUCUCGUAGCUCCAGCAGAGAAAGGCGUAAAAGAAAGAGUAGAAGUCCCUCCAAGUCUCCUAAAACUUCCAAAACAACAAAGAGAAAGUCUUCACGAACUCCUUCUCCAAGAAGAAACAAGAAAGAAAAAAAAAGAGAAAGAGAUACAAACAAUGAAAGAGAGAGAGAACGCUCCACUUCCAAGAAAAAAAGUAGUAAAGAAAAAGAGGGGAGGGAGAAAUCUGACAGAAGUACCACAACUUUGAAGGACAAAGAUCAUGCUAAAGAGAAUUCAGACACUGACAAGGAAGUAGAAAACAAAGAUGCACAAAGGACAGAUGAAGUCAAACUGCAACAGAAUGGAAACUGUCAACUAAAUGAAGAAAACCUCUCAGUUAAAAUGGAAGAGAUUUAAAGCAAAGAAUGGACCUCUGGUUCAAUUAAGGACUGAAAUCCAAAGCUUUUUAUUUCCUAGAAAGAAGAAAAUGUCAAAGCAAUCAAUCUGAACAUGGUGAUAGUAUUAGUAGCUCUUCCAGUUCUUGUGAUAGCUUUGUUGUCUUGCUGUGAAGCAAGAGAACAUAGACCAGUAAUUAUACCAUGAAAAGGCAGAUGCCAUCAGACCUAUUCAUCUCUGAAAACCCAUGCAUUUCUGUGGUGGCUGUACUUAUUUGUAAAAUUAUUUAUGUUAGGUUUUACUUUAAGCUGUUACAAAUAAGUAGAGAUGGAAAAAUGUAAACCUGUACUGCCCAAAAAAAGCUGAAGAUACACCUUGAAGGUUUUUUAAGAAAUACUGCUAGUUCAUGA